ACGAAAGUAUUGCGAAAUCAAAAAGCAGUCGUUACUAAAGUUUGUACGAUGGUGGCGUCACAUCUAACACUGUCGGCUAUUUUCUGUUUGUCAUGGCACGGAACUGCGUUCCGUCCAGCUCGCUGUUGCCGCUGAACCUCAAGGAAUACAAAUUCACAAAUAUGCCAUUGACGUGUUACCAGGCAGCUGCAAAUCGCACAGGGGCGAUUACUAUGCGUGGUGCUGAGCCCCAGGCAAAGUCGAAUCAAAAGUGCUAUUGCUAAGGUAUGAUCGAGGGUUCUGGUCAUGCAGUCAAUUACACGCCUCUGCUCCCGCACGAUCUUAGAUUUCAUGCAGCCUUGCUUGGUGCUCGUUUGAUUUGGCCGGGUAUCUGCCCGGCAUUCUACUUGAUUCUAAAGAAAUAUUUUAAAAGAGAGAGAAAGCCUACGUUUCUGUGAUGCCAAAUAUAAUCCCAAGAACGUCCCACAGUCCCUGGAACUGCCGUCACAGUUACCGGGCGAAGAAUGCAGUCAAUUAACACGAAGGCCCAGACAGGCCGUAAACAAACGAAUAACUGGUUAGUUCGUCUUUAUUUUGGUCAUGAAGAAAGGAUGAUUGUUGGCCGGGGUACCGGGGAGAUCGCACAUUGAAUACACGUAACGGGAAAACAAAACUCCUGUUGUAUCAAAAGUGUAUCAACUUCUGUCGACUUCUCAAGUGGAGAGUGAUGUCGAGGCCCAGCGACUAGGUCUGCAUUUGAACACUCUCAUACUUUUAGGGUGUCAAAAAGCCCCGGAAUGAGCUCUACACUUACAAGAUUCCCUGGCCUUUUAUCUCUGCUCUAAUACUUGAGGGUGGAGAUGAUCGAAUCUGUGUAUAGAAAUAUCAGUGAAGCUUCAGCCUAACUGAAUUAUUUCAAUAACUGAGAGAUGUAUUAGAUGAAAACAUUCAACUGCGUUGCUGUCAGUACUGCUUGCUGGAUAAAAACUGUCAUGAAACACCAUUUCCCCAGGAUCCAUAAAGGCGUCAGUCACAAUGUGUCGCCCCAAAAUAAGCACCUCUUCCCGACAUCUCGGUGGCGCGUGUUGCCGUAUUGUUGAGGACCGGUAAAGACCUCCGCACCACUGAGCCCAUCUACAUGAAGCAUUGACACAGGGAGCUUUUCAUCAUCCAUCAUCGUGGACCCCUACCACCCCAGUUCAUGCUCUCUUCUCGCUGCUGCCAUCAGGAAGAAGACGCAGGAGCUCCGGGACCCACACCACCACGUUCAGGAACAGAUUUGACUCCAAGAUAUCAUCGAGACCUCUCCAUCAAGAAUGGGUCUUUGAAGAUAUGGCAGAUAGCACCCAGGAUUGACAGAGAGGCACAUGUCAGUACUAUAUGCCGGGGAGAUCAGAAGGCCCUAAAUCCUCGGCUUUGCCUAUUGCCUGUUGCCAGGGCCGGCGUCGAAGCGCUCGGCAGAGAUGGUGUUCGGUGCUCGGUGUCGGAGAGCUGGUCGGAGGCUCGGAGUUUUCGGACGGACUUGGAGUCAGACUGUGGUCGGGUGCUUCCAGGAUGCUGCAUCGGCAAGUUUGCAGCGCUGGAGGUUCACCGUCUGCAUGAAAUGAUGGGACUUUCGAGAGACUUUGAGACUUUUACCGUGCCCAUGGUUUCAAUCCUACCUUCUGGAUGUUGGUCCUGGAAGUCAACAAGGAAAUAUCUGUCUAGACAUAACACUGAGGCUAGCUUAAACCAUGCAGAGCAGAGAGACCUGCCAUUCAACUGCUCAUCCAGCUUUAACUCUAGGCAGUAAGAAGAUGUAUCUCACAGUUCUGAUGCAAGCA